GUUAGCGAAAGUGUUCUUCUUUCCUUUUUGCUGUAGGCCCAAGUGGUUGCUGCCAAGAUGGGCAAGUUCAUGAAACCUGUGAAGGUGGUGCUUGUCCUGGCUGGACGCUACUCUGGACACAAAGCCGUCAUCAUGAAGAGCAUUGAUGAUGGCACCUCAGAUCGCCCCUCCAGCCAUGCUCUGGUGGCUGGAAUUGACUACUAUCUCCGCAAACUGACAGCUGCCAUGGGCAAGAAGAAGAUCGCCAAGAGGUCAAAGAUCAAGUCUUUUGUGAAAGUUUAUAACUAGAACCACCUAAUGCCCACAAGGUACUCUGUGAAUAUCCCCUUGGACAAAACUGUCAUCAAUAAGGAUGUCUUCAGAGAUCCUGCCCUUAAACGCAAGGCCCGACAAGAGGCCAAGGUCAAGUUUGAGGAGAUAUACAAGACAGGCUAGAAAAAGUGGUUCUUGCAGAAGAUGUAGUUUUGUUUUGGUCAUUAGAAAAUAAAAAGAA